UGUGCAGUAACUGUGUCUGGGCCCGUGUUGCUUCCUGUUCCUACUUCCGUUCACUACUAUAAGUGUCUGUUCACUAACCACAAGCACCGAUCAUCCUGUGCACCGGGUACAUGUAGUGCUGGGAGCCCCGGGGAGACGGCAUCCCCGAUCACUGGAGACGGCAUGGAGACUGUGCAGCUGAGGAACCACCCCAGGAGGCAGAUAAAAAAAUUGAGCGAAGAGAACUUAAAUAAACAACCGGAGGAAGUAUUUGACAUCUUAGAAAAACUUGGGGAAGGGUCUUAUGGCAGUGUAUUUAAAGCAAUACACAAAGAGACAAGCCAGAUUGUGGCCAUUAAACAGAUUCCUGUGGAGUCGGACCUACAGGAAAUAAUUAAGGAGAUCUCCAUCAUGCAGCAGUGUGACAGCCUCCAUGUUGUGAAGUAUUAUGGCAGCUACUUUAAGAACAGUGACCUGUGGAUUGUUAUGGAGUAUUGUGGAGGGGGAUCUGUGUCUGACAUCAUCCGACUACGGAAACAGACUUUGAAAGAAGAAGAAAUAGCCACAAUUCUCCAGUCGACUUUAAAGGGCUUGGAGUAUCUUCAUUUUAUGAGGAAAAUACACCGAGAUAUAAAGGCCGGAAACAUAUUAUUAAGCUCUGAAGGAGUUGCUAAGCUUGCAGAUUUUGGAGUGGCAGGUCAGCUGACUGAUACUAUGGCAAAACGGAACACUGUUAUCGGCACUCCAUUUUGGAUGGCUCCAGAAGUGAUUCAAGAGAUUGGAUAUAACUGUGUGGCAGAUAUUUGGUCACUUGGCAUAACCGCAAUAGAGAUGGCUGAAGGGAAGCCCCCCUAUGCUGACAUUCAUCCGAUGCGGGCUAUCUUCAUGAUUCCAUCAAACCCACCGCCAACACUUCGAAAGCCAGACCUUUGGUCAAAACAGUUCAUAGAAUUCAUUAACCAGUGUCUAGUCAAGAAUCCAGAACAGAGAGCGAGUGCAACGGAGCUGCUACAGCACCCAUUUGUGAAAACGACCAAAGGAGCAUCCAUUUUGAAACACCUAAUAAAUGAAGCAAUGGAGGCACAGAUCAAACGUUGUGAAUUACAGCAGCGCGAGGUAGAACCAGAAGAGGAGGAGAAUGGGGAGGAGGAUGAUGUUGAUUCUAGCACAAUGGUUCAGCCCCGGAAUAGAGACAUGAACACAACGCAGGAGUUCAGCACCAUGAGUGAAGGGACUGAUGGCACCAUGGUGGAAAACGAACACUUAGAAACCCAACUUGGCACCAUGUUAAUUAAUGAAGAGGAUGAAGAUGAGGAGGUGGAGACUGGUACCAUGAAAGAAAGUAACCCGCCUGCACAAGUUGCCAAGCCGUCAUUCCUUGAGUACUUCGAAAAGAACGAAAACCAGCUGAGUGCAUCGGAUAAAAAGACCCCCGAAAACUCUUCAGGUUCCUCCGAAUUUAAGAUACCUCUUAAUGGGGACUACAGCUUUUUGAAAGACUGGAGCGUGGCCGAAGUGCAGAUGAAACUGAAUUCACUGGAUCCAAUGAUGGAAAGAGAGAUUGAAGAAAUUCACCAGAAGUAUCAGGCCAAACGACAGCCCAUUCUAGACGCCAUAGAGUCAAAGAAACGCAGGCAGCAGAAUGUCUAAAACCCUUCACGCCAUGACUGGACUUAUUAUAUAUUUUUUAUACUGUGUUUUUGUAAUAUUUUUCUAGCUAAAAGUUUUAUUUUUUGUGUGAUUUAUUAUAUAUAUAUAUAUAUAUAUAUAUAUAUAUAUAUAUAUAUAUAUAAGGAUGUACAUAUAGAGAGAGGCAGGUGAUCUUUAGGCUCAGGUUUAAUUAAUUGAAAUUGGUUUUAUGUGAAUAAAGAUUCUGCAGCUUUCUAUAUACCGUAUAUGUUGUGUAUCAAUCUGUUUUCUGUCAGUGAAUGGAAGCAUUCUUGUUCACUCUCUUGUUCUAUCACACCAUCACAGGUAUCGAGUGGUUUCUUAGAAUAAAAUCAAAUUGUUGCUGGCAGCAGGUUUUUUUUUUUUUCUGGAGGAAUGGAUCCAUGCCGGAUUUUAGUUGUGUCUGGCUGUUGGUUGGCUCGUGCCUCCCCAAGGUUAUUUAGGGAACCAUUGACUUCUGUGCAGGCGCUGAUGAUAUUGAUUUUGUCAUUCAUUGUAUCUGUAUUCUCUAUCCAGUGUCUAGUUUGUUCUUCUUGGUCUUCUGCUGGCUUUUUUUUUUUUUUCCUGUCUAGGUGUUAUCUAGCCUAUGUGGUUCUUGCUUGUUAGCGGUUUUCAUGAAUAGGGUUGCGAGUACUACUACUCCUAAAAUUUGCAGUCAUCCUGUGAGUGAGCUGUUGCUCAUUUAUCCAGCAAGUUCUGUCUGCUACAGUUACAUCAUUCAUAAGGUUGAAAAAAGAAGAGUCCAUCAAGUUCCUAUAAUUGAUGCCAAUUGCCCCAUACUAGGGGAAACAUUCCUUCCCGACUCUAAAUAUCAGAAUAAAUCCCUGGAUCAACCUUCUGUCCCUAUAGAUCUAGUAUCCAUAACCUGCAAUGUUAUUACUGUCCAGAAACAUGUCUAGGCCCCUUUUCAACUCUUUUAUUGAGAUCACCAUGACCACUACCUCUGGAUGAGAGUUCCAUAGUCUUACUCACCAUAGACAUAGAGGAUGUUCCCUUGUUAUAGAUUCAGUUCUCUGGGUAAAAUAGAUCAUGGGAGAGAUCUCUGUACUGUCCCCUGAUAUAUUUAUACAUUGUUAUUAGUUCACCCCUAAGCAUUCUUUUUUUUUUUAUAAACUAAGUAACUCUAAUUGUGAUAAUCUUUCUGGGUACUGUAGUCCUCCCAUUCCCCUUAUUACUCUGUUUGCCAGUCUUUGAACCCUCUCCAGCUCCACUAUAGGCUUCUUGUACACUGGUGCCCAGUAUUGGACACAGUAUUCCAUGUGUGGUCUGACUAGUGAUUUGUACAAUGGUAGAAUUAUUUCAUUGUCAUGUUAAUCUAUACCCCUUUUGAUGCCCCCCAUGAUUGUAUUUGCCUUGGUUGCACAUUCCUCCCUAUGUGCAUAACCUUACACCUAUUAGUGUUGAACCUCAUCUGCCACUUCUCAGCCCAAACCCCUUACCUAUCCAGAUCCAUUUGUAACAGUGCACUGUCCUCUACUGUGUUAUCUACUAUAUACAAUGCACUGUCCUCUAUUGUGUUAUCUACUAUAUGCAGUGUGCUGUCCUCUAUUGUGUUAUCUACAAUAUACAGUGCACUGUCCUCUAUUGUGUUAUCUACUAUAUGCAUUGCUCUGUCCUUUAUUGUGUAAUCUACAAUACACAGUGCACUAUUCUCUAUUUUGUUAUCUACUAUAUACAGCGCACUGUCCUCUAUUGUGUUAUCUACAAAACACAGUGGCCCACAUUUAUCAUUGUAGUGUAAGUGAAAACAUUGUUUACACAUUUUUUUUGUGUGCUGUAAUGUGUAGAAACACCAAAUGUAUUAAAUAGUCAAAGAGCAUUUGAUAAAUUUUGUGCAGGUCACAUUUUCUGAAAUUUCUCUCUUCACAUACACCAAAAAGCUACACCAUGUCUGGGCUGGUGUAGUUUUAGAGACUUUUCAGUGACUUUGCGCCUUUUUUGCUCCUUUUCAUAAAAAGGUGCAGUUGAUAAAAGCCUUCUAUAUUGCCAAAAUCAGUGGAUUGCAACUCUAAAUCAGGAGAAAUGUGUAAACAAAAAGGGGCAAAAAAAGGCGCAAAAAACCCUGCUUGCUCCUUUUUUGCCCCUUUUUAGACACAAAAACCAGUCUAAAGACAAUAACUAAUGUGGGCCAGUGCACUGUCCUCUAUUGUGUUAUCUACAAAACAGUGCAAUGUCCUCUAUUGUGUUAUCUACUAUACACAGUGCACUGUCCUCUAUAUUGUUAUCUACUAUAUACAGUGCACUGUCCUCUAUUUUGUUAUCUACUAUGCGCAGUGUGCUGGCCUCUAUUGUGUUAUCUACUAUAUGCAGUGCACUGUACUCUGUUGUGUUAUCUACUAUAUAAAAUGCACUAUCCUCUAUUGUGUUAUCUACUAUACAGAGUGCACUGUCCUCUGUUGUGUUAUCUACAAUAUACAGUGUACUGUCCUCUAUUGUGUUAUCUACUAUAUGCAUUGCACUGUCCUUUAUUGUGUAAUCUACAAUACACAAUGCACUGUCCUCUAUUCUGCUAUUUUCAAUAUACAGUGUUCUGUCCUCUAUUGUGUUGUCUACAAAACACAGUCUACUGUCAUAUAUUGUGUUAUCUACUAUACACAGUCUUUUGUCCUCUAUUGUGUUAUCUAGAAAACAGUGCAAUGUCCUCUAUUGCUCAGUGUACUUUCCUCUAUUGUGUCAUCUACUUUACGCAGUGCUCUGUCCUCUAUUGUGUUAUCUUCAAUACACAGUGCACUGUC